AUGGUUUACGGCUUGGGAUCUAAUUCUUUCGGAUCUCUUGAAUUGGGACACAAUGUUGUCGUCAAGUCACCACAAAUUAUAGGAGAAUUGUGUUACAAGAAUAUCAAACAAUUCUUCAAUGGAUAUAACUUUGUGUUAGCCCUCACUCAUGAUAAUUGUCUCUAUAGUUGGGGUCGUAAUGCUAGGGGACAGUUGGGCACAUUGUGUGCUUUUAUUAAGGAUGACCCAUAUGUUGAACCAGAACUUAUUGACCUCGAGUUUAUUCUAACGAGUGAUGGCUGUGUCUAUGGAUGGGGAGAUAAUAGGUACGGACAGAUAGGCAGUGGACACAAUUUUGAAAAUAAAGAAAUCAUUUAUUGCGGUGAUUGCUGUUCAUUUGCUAUCACAUCUGAGGGACAGGUGUUUAGUUGGGGUCCAAAUGAAUGGUACCAAUUGGGACACAACUCAACGGAUAAUAUAUGGGAACCACAACUCAUUGCAGACUUGACUGGUAUUAAGACUAUCUGUUCCGCUGGUGGUCUCACAUACUUCUUAUCAAUCGAUGGAUUCAUUAGGUUUUGCGAUCGAUAUAGCAAUGAAAACAACGAGGAUUUUAUACAAAAAUCACCAAAAAGGACGAAUAGUGGACAACAUGAUUACGUGGAUCAAUACAAGCGUUUAUUUGAUGAAAAGCGUCAAAUAGGUGACGGAUCUUAUGGUAAAGUAUUUGAAGUUACGAAUAAACUUAAAAAUUGCUAUGCGGUCAAGAAGAUUGACAUUCAAGAUGACAAUUACACUAAGGAUUGUGAAAAGGAAGUGGAGAGAUUAAUAAAAAGUCUACAGAAUAUUCUUCAACACAAACGACAAGUAUUUGGUCGACAACCGGGAGAACCCAUGAAUUCAAUCGAGUUUUACAUUUCGUGUCAUAUAUUCAAAGAGAUCUUAGAAUGCGUUCAAUAUUUACAUGAAUUGAAUCCUCCGAUCAUUCACAGAGAUAUUCAUACGGGAAAUAUAUUACUGUCGAAAACUGUAAGGAAUGGCAGAUAUUUCAAAGUAGCUGACUUUGGUUUGGCUACUAUUCGCAAAUCUAAUUCAAAGGCAAGUAACCCGACUCGUGAGGCACCGGAAGUACGUAGGGGUGAGUCAAAUGACCCGAAGAGUGAUGUCUACAGUCUGGCCAUAACUACAGAAGAGAUAUUUGGCUUUGAUUUGGAGGACAUAUUAGAGAAUAGCUCACAGAAGUAUUCAUUAGAUAAUGAAGUGUUAAACAAAUGUGUCGUUCAAUUAAAACAAGUAUUAAAAGAGAUGUUAAACCGAGACGACCCGACUUUCAGACCCUCGUGUCGACAAUAUUAA